CAGGCACGAAGCAGAUAGUUGAAGUGGGCCACUCCCACAGCCACCUCCUUCUCUCCGGUAGCAGUAACGCAGAAGAGGCAAACGGGCAGCGAGCUAGAUCUCGCGUCCCCGCUGCGACUGUGAAGCCACCGUCGUCAGAUCGGACAAGGCGCCGGAGCCUCAGCAAUCCCUGAGCAGACUAGAGGAGUAGCUAAGGCAAAGGGAGGUGGCAAAGAUGCUGCCGACGACCGCGUCCAAGGGGCGCGGGGCCUCCCGCUCCGCCCCGCCGCUCUUCGGUCCCUACCUCCGCCGCAUCGUCAAGUGGCAACAAAUGGAUAUUGAAUACACAUUUUGGCAAAUGGUUCAUCUCUGUACUUCACCAAAAGUAGUCUAUCAGCACACCAAAUAUCACAAGCAAACAAAGAACCAGUGGGCCCGUGAUGAUCCUGCAUUUGUUGUUAUUCUGAUUCUUUUCCUCGUGUUUGCAACAUCAGCUUACUGUGCAGCAUAUGGAGAGAGUGCCUCACAUGCUGCUCUAACAAUCACUUCGGUUGUGUUUCUCCAUUUCUUGUUUGCUGGGAUAGUUUUGGCCACACUUUGCUGGUUCCUUACAAAUUCUUACUUGAGAGAGGAACCUAACAGCCAUGUUGUUGAGCAACGCGUGGAGUGUGCACACGAAAUUCUUGGCAGGCUCUAUGCAUUUGACGUUCAUUGUAACUCGUUCUUUCCUGCGUUUGUCAUCCUAUAUGUGGUGCAGUAUUUUCUGUCGCCUCUAUUGGUCGCGCAUGGCUUCUUUCCAGCUUUGUUAUCUAAUCUACUCUUCGUGGUGGCAAUUUCUUAUUAUCACUACCUGAACUUUCUAGGAUAUGAUGUUCUUCCAUUUCUGGAUAGAACAACAUUCUUCCUGUACCCGAUUGGUCUCGUCAUCAUCCUGUCUCCACUUAUGAUACUAAUAGGGUUCAAUCCGACAAGAUAUUUUCUAAGCUUGUACUUCGGUUAAAGUCUACGGCUAGAAUGCCAUGUACAAGCAAAAAUAUGGUGAUUGGCGAUAACUAAUGGCAGAUCUGGAUACAUACUCUGUAGUAAAGCAUUUUAGAUAUCUUGUGUGAACGGGGGCGAGUGAAGUUCAGUAAAGCUCGGAGCAUUCUAUGGAUGUAUCAGGUGCCUGUGGCAAGGCUAACAAUGGAAGACAUAUAGUCUUUUGAUUGUUAUCAAAUAUCCUUUUUGGGUGUCAAUUUGUUGUUCAUAAUAUGAGCUGUUUGCGUUACUUUGGGCCCAGUGACCAGUGUAUACUUGUAGUAGAACUGCUACGUAGAGUCUAUUGUACUAUCACAUCGGCAUCAGAAUUGCAUCAAGUUCUACCACCAGUCA